AGAAGCGGAGACGAAGAAGCAGCUUUGGAGAAAAUAUCGCCAGAAUGAUGAUGGCCGAAGAGAGGGAUUUUGUGAUCGCUCCUAGCCCCAUCGACGAUGAUUCUAUGAACAUGCCACUCCUGGGCCAGUCGCCGCCCAGCGAAGCGCACUCUCAGCACAACUUAAAUGCUAUCGGCGAGAUCCUGAAUCGCAAAACCUCCGUGGCUCAAAUAAUGUCGAAGACAGUCGAGGGUCUGAAUCAUGCCUAUGAGUUGCGUGAUUCAAGCCCAGAAGACCUCAUUUUCGAUCUCUUCAAAAUGCCGAAUAAAGAUGAAGCCAGUAUCAGCAAACUGAUCAAGGUGCUAAAAUCAUUUGGUCUGCGAGAAUCUGAUCCUCGUCUACGACACAUGAAUGAAAAAAUGAAAAGCUUUGAGGAGGAAGAUGAUGAUGCCAGGAAUUUUCUUCUUACGAGGGACAAGUUCAAAGAGUGCAUCCAUCCAUCAGUGCAACUCAUAUCGCAAGCACUUCGCAAUCAUCUGAUAAUUCCUAGUUGGGGAGAGUUUUGCGGCCAAAUAAAGUCAAUCUAUGAAGAGUGCAAGUCGAUCAAAGACGGAAAUGUGGCUACUUACAUUCCACAACUUGCUCGACAAAAUCCAGAUAUUUGGGGUUUAUCAAUCUGCACCAUAGACGGCCAGCGGGUCUCAUUUGGUGACGCUAAAGUGCCUUUUUGCGUCCAAAGUGUCUCAAAGGCAUUUAAUUAUGCGAUUGUCUCGUCAGACUUAGGAGCCGACUUUGUGCAUUCAUAUGUGGGGCAUGAGCCAAGCGGAAGACUGUUCAACGAGAUCUGCCUGGACCAAAAUGGGAAACCUCACAAUCCGUUGAUCAACGCUGGGGCCAUAAUCGUUACUUCGCUUAUCCGCAAUCACUUAACGAUGGCUGAUCGAUUUGAUUUUGUUCUUAAUGAGUAUAGGAAAUUAGCUGGUGGAGAACAUGUUGGAUUCAAUAAUGCCACAUUCCUUUCUGAACGAGACACUGCUGAUCGAAAUUACGCUUUGUCUUAUUACAUGAAGGAGAACAAAUGUUUCCCACCGGGAACACAGGGUCUUCGAGAGGAGUUGGAUCUCUACUUCCAGCUAUGUUCAUUAGAAACUACUUGCGAAACUGCUGCAGUUAUGGCAGCUACUUUCGCCAAUGGAGGUGUGUGCUCACUCACCGACGAGUUAUGCAUUCACCCUCGUCCUUGUAGGGACGUUCUUUCCUUGAUGUACUCCUGCGGAAUGUACGACUUUUCUGGAAAAUUCGCAUUCCAGGUUGGUUUACCAGCGAAAUCCGGAGUAUCAGGUGUUAUGAUAGUGGUUGUACCAAAUCUGAUGGGUAUCUGCCUUUUUGCACCACCUCUAGAUAAGAUGGGUAACUCAACCAAGGGAGUAGCGUUUUGUCAGAAACUCAUCGAGUACUUUAACUUCCACAAUUACGACAGUCUACUGCAUGCGGAUUCGAAAAAACACGAUCCUCGAAGGAGGAUUGGUAAUCGUGACACAGAACUCGUUGUCUCGUUGCUUUUCGCAGCAAAAAAUGGCGAUUUCGACGUCGUUCGGAGGAUGUACUUACAAGGAACAAACUUAGAAAUGGCCGAUUAUGAUGGCAGAACUGCCUUGCAUAUAGCGGCAGCCGAAGGUCAUACACACCUCGUCAAAUUCUUCGUGAAUGUUGCAAAAGUGAAUCAUCAACCUCGGGACAGAUGGGGACGAACUCCACUCGAUGACGCCCGGACUUUCCAUCACGAGGACUGCAUUCGCUUCCUUCUCAAACAACAUGUGCGCGCGCACAAGAACAGCUUCCCGAACGAUGGUCCAGCAAGCGAAAACGCCAUCGACAGCGAAACACUUCCUGUUCUUCUUGCGCAACAUCAACACCUCAAAAGAAAUGUUAUUGCGGAGAAUAUUCGUUUGCUGAAUGGUCAUGCGGACGAGUCCUCGGGCGAGGACGAUUUGACCGGUACCACGGGUGUGAUGCUGAUCAACGACACCGAAGUCAAGGAUAAAGCGUGUAACGGUGUACGAAAAAUGCCUCCAACGAUCAAACUGCAGCGAGUCUCGGAAGCAGAUGAUGAGAACUGCACUUAA